AUGACCAUUCGUUCCUUCCCCAUCGCCAUCGUCACCCUCGCUUCUCUUCAGAAGAUCAGAAUCGUGAUGAGCAACACCACUGAGUGCGACGCUGGAUGUGCUGCUACCUAUCCCGGGUCCUAUUGUAAGUACUGGCAGACACCUAGCACGUGCUUUGGCUCAAAUGAACCAUGCUCCUGCGGAACGAGUGGAACGACUGAAGCUCCCCGUAACUGUGAUGCUGGUUGUGCUUCGGAUACCCCCGGCUCCUAUUGCAAGUACUGGGCUAAACCCAGCCUCUGUCAUUCAUCCAAUGCGCCAUGCACAUGCGAGGUUGAUCCAGUUACCACUACUUCUGGUGAAACCACCGAUGAGGUCACAGAGACUCCUGUGGUUCAAGAAAGCACUACAGACGUCAUCGAGGAAACUAGUACGGCCGCUUCUAUUGCUGUUGACACCACCGAAAUAACCAGUACCGCCAUUGUAACCGAUGAAGUAGCCACCACUACUGCAGCUACCGCCACUGAUGAGAUCCCUGUUUCCACUACUGCUGAGGAGGCCACCGAUGCCUCAGCGACCACGGAUUCUCCAGUUACGGCUACCGCUGUCGCCACCACGGCCGAGGUCAUCACCGAGGCCCCGGCUACCGCUGUCGCCACCACGGCCGAGGUCACCACCGAGGCCCCGGCUACCGCUGUCGCCACCACGGCCGAGGUCAUCACCGAGGCCCCGGCUACCGCUGUCGCCACCACGGCCGAGGUCAUCACCGAGGCCCCGGCUACCGCUGUCGCCACCACGGCCGAG